UCGCUGUGCAAAGGCAAAGAAAGGAAAGCGAGCAGUCGGAUCAGCUGUCAGGAAACGAAAGCGGGGCUGCCAGUUGUUGCUGCUGCUGUUGCCGCCUGAGACUCGUCUGAAGGGAGACUCCGACACUGCGAAGACCCAGAGCCCUCAUCGGAAUGGCAGCUAAUAAUGGGAACCCCCAUGUGUACGUGGCAAGGCUUCAUGAAUAUUGUCAGAGAAAUAGGUUACAGUUGGACUAUGUCGAACUGGGUGUCAGAGGUCCUCCUCAUGAUCGAAUUUUCACUGAAGCAGUUCAAAUAGAUAGAAGGCAAUAUAGUCCAUGUGAAGGAAAAACAAAGAAAGAAGCAAAAGCACAUGCGGCAGCGCUAGCUUGGGAAACUAUAGAGUCUGAAAAUAAGGCUUUAGAAGCUCAGCGGCAGCCUCAGCCUGCUCCAUUGCAAUUACCAGCACCUUUGCCUGCUGCAAACAUAACAGAAACAUCGACUAACUAUAUUUCCUUGCUGUAUGAAUAUGCAUCAAGGAACAAAAAAAUCAUUGAAUUUGGUUUGCAAUCUAAAGAUGGACCACCUCAUAAGCCAGUCUUUUCACAUUCCUGUAAAAUUGAUGGUGAAAUUUUGGGAGUGGGUACAGGAAGCAGUAAACAAAUGGCAAAACUUAAUGCAUCAAAAAUGGCAUAUGAAAAGUUGAUUGGCCAAGUAACUGCCAGGACUGAAAAUCAUGAUAUCCCUUCAGUUAGUACUGCAUAUGGGUCAAUGUCUGAUUCUCUGGGAGCACCAAUGGUGGUAACUAGAAGAUCUCUUCCAGAAGCCAGUGGUGUUGCUUCAGAUUCAUCAGAAUAUGUAGUUUUUCAAAACACAAAUGGUGCUGUUUUGAGUUCAGAAUCCAAUGGCACAGCUGACAAAUUGGCUAGUAAACUUGGUGGCAUUCAUCUGGAUGGGUCUUCUCCAUCCUCUCCGGACAAUCCUAAAGGAUCUGCUACGAAACUUAAGAGCCCCCCAAGAUUGGCACCUAACUUCUCCGUGCUGCCUCAAAGAGAAAGUAGAUACACUGUCAACAAACGUUUUCUGGAUGAGUUUACAGACAUAGAGAAGCUUGAUUCUGGUGGCUAUGGAAGUGUUUUCAAGGCAAAACAUAAAAUUGAUAAUAAAAUAUAUGCUGUCAAAAGAGUCAAGCUUAUCGAAGUGAAUGAAGAAAAUACAAAAAAAGAAGUACUAGCCUUAGCAAACCUUGUCCAUGAAAACAUAGUUCAGUAUUUUGGAUGUUGGAUUGGGAAAGAUACUUGGCCAUCUGAAGAGAGCAAUAGUGAUGUCAGUUCAGGGCACGCUCGUCUACAUGAUUGCCUCUUCAUACGUAUGGAUUACUGUGAGAAGGGAACACUGAAGAAAUGGAUGCAACAAGAUGGAGGGAAGGAAAGCUACUAUGAAGAUGUAUUGUUAAAAUUUCAGCAGAUAGUGAAUGGAGUGGAGUUUAUUCAUAAAAAGAACUACAUUCACAGAGACCUCAAGCCUUUAAAUAUAUUCAUAUCGGGAGACAACAAAAUAAAAAUUGGUGAUUUUGGACUGGUAACAACAGGAAUAGAUGAACAGCAUACACAGUGCAAGGGAACAAAGCUGUAUAUGGCUCCUGAACAGGUAUGGAGGAAUUACGGAAAAGAAGUGGAUAUCUUUUCACUUGGCUUAAUAUUACUUGAAAUGCUGUCCACAUUUCAAACAGAUCAUGAGAAGACAAAGGUGAUCUGGGAAGCUAAAGAAGGCAAACUUCCAGAAGCAUUCAUGAAGAAGUUUCCAAGAGAGGCACGCCUCAUUAAGAUACUGCUUUCAAAAGAGCCAUCGCAAAGACCAACAGCAAAAGAUAUUUUGAACAUUCUAAAACUAGAUGGCCCACAUACGUGUUAGCAAAUAUUUGCCAAGACACAAUGGUCGUAUCUUGGUCAAAAGCUGCUUGUUGAUGUUAUUCAUUUUUGAAAUCUUUUAUGAAUCAGAGCUUGACCUGUCUGUGCACAGUUAUGUGGGCUAUUUCAAGCUUGAUUGCCUCUUCCAUAUCCCCAGCAGUAACCUUUGGAUAAUUUUGAGAUUUUCCCGUUAAAGAUAGACAUUUUUCCAGAAGCUUUGGUUCAGGGUACAGUGAAGUCUUUCAGAAAAUGAUCCAUUUCAGCUUGGAUAGAUGGCCCUGAACAAGUUGAGUAGCCAAAAUUGAAUAAGUUUUGCAUUGAAAGUGGUUCAAAACCUUUUUUCUACCUGGCAGAUUGACACUAGAAAGAGUAAUAGUCCUUCAGUGGUGGAUUAUGGCUGCCAAAUUGGAGGCAAAUAGGUGUAGGGCAAUGGUUCUCAAUCUGUGGGUCCUCAGAUUAUUUUGCCUUCAACUUCCAGAAAUUCUUAACAGCUCGUAAACUACCUGGGAUUUCUGGGAGUUGUAGAUCAAAAAACCUGGGAAUCCACAGGUUGAGAACCACAUGCCUUGAAAGCUUUUUGGAAAUCGUAUAGUCCUUGGCAGACUGGUGCUAACCUGUUCAGGCCUAGUUGUCUCUUCUGAUGGUAUCAAAAUUGCCAAGUUUUCUGUCAAUGGAGGUAGUGUUUCAUGUACAAAAUUUGCCAUUCCUUUUGAAGGGAAAAGGAGCAUAUUUUUAUCUUCAUACAAAAAGAUAGGGGCAGAGAUUUGUGGGGGGGGGGGGGCAGUCAUAAAUAUUUUAAGGUGAGAAUGAUUCACCUCUUCUUUUCAUUCAGCUCUGUUUUGGGGCCAAUUUGUAUAGACUUUAAAUAUAUCAUGCAUUUGUAUCCCACGCAAGAAAGCUGAAAGUUUUCCAAUUGAUAGGUGUUGGCAUUACGUAGGCUUUAUGUUAUGAUGCCUGAAAGUUUUGUGCUCUUAAAUAGUGAAGUGGCAUUGGAAGAAUGUCGUUCACAUGAUUUCCUGUAAAUGUUUAAAAUUCUCUUUCUCCCCCAUCCUUUCUUUCUACCUAAUAUCUGUCUCUGUUCAACAAAGGAGAGGAAAACUGAAAUCAUGAAUUCUGUAAACAAUGUAUCCCUACCCCCAGAUCACGAUAAGUGGUAACUCUCUCAUAAAUUAUACCUUAGGCUUAGAAGGUAGACCCACCAGCCACUCAAUACUCCCUCCAUGCUUUCCCCUUUGUAUGUUUACCUCUGAAGCAGGUGGACAACAUGUGGCUUUUAUGCAGCUUCAGUGCUCAUUUUUGUGUUUUCGAACAUGUGCUGCUGCCACUGAUUCUGUCACUUGACAUCCUUGGUGCAACAAUUAAAAAGGCUUCUCUCAGUUUAAAGGGUGCAAACAGAGUCUGCUUUCACUUUUAGUGUAUUUUUUUUUACACCUCCCCCCUCACUUUGAACAAGGCACUCAUUACCUGUAUGCCUUAUUUAUGGGGAGAGUUCCAGAAACGUAGGGUGGGUCAAAAAGUUUUGCCUCCUGUGUCAGAAAAACAUUAUGAAUUUAUAUAUAACAGCAGAAGUUGCUACAGGUUGUAGACUGAACCAUCCUCUACACCAGUGGUUCUCAACCUGUGGGUCCACAGAUGUUUUGGCCUUCAACUCCCAGAAACCCUAACAGCUGGUAAACUGGUUGGGAUUUCUGGGAGUUGUAGGCCAAAACACCUGAGGACCCACAGGUUGAGAAUCACCGCUCUACACAAAACUACUGUUCAACAUAGUCGCCAUCAAUUUGUACAUAUUUGUGCCAUCAUUUA